AUGCCCCAGCGGGUGCCCCCGGCCUGGCACUCGGACAUGCAGCUGCCCGGGAAGCUGCUCCUGUCGGCGGCCGCGCUGCUGCUCCUGUCCCUGGCCUUCAGGUUCUAUAGGAACCGCUCUCCUCCCCCGGGAAAAAUCCCGCCGGGAGAGCAGCGGGAAAACCGGGAUGGGGAAAACCGGGAUGGGGGUGUGAGGAGGAGGAGGAGGGAUGGGGGGGACAAAUCUGGGAAUGGCCUCGGGAUGCAGCACGCAGUUCUUCGCGGGGAGCAGAGUUUUCCAAGGAGUGAGGAGGAGGAGGAAGAGGAGGUGAGUUCCGAGCUCGGGUUGAUUCCCAGGAAAGCCUCGCUCGGUCCGGCCAGGACAGAGAGGGAGUUGGGAUGGAAGCUGGGAAUUAAAUCAGAAAGAGAAGCAGGGGUUGAGAUGGGGACUGAUCCCAGGAGCUGGACGGGAAAUGAGCCGGGAAAAGAGCCAGGAAACAAGUCGGGAACCAGGCUGGGAAAUAAUCCAGGAAGAAAGCCAGGAAGCAAAUUGGUAACGAAGCCAGCAAAUGAGUCGGGAAGUGAGCAGACAGACGAGACGGGGAUCGAACUGGGAAACAAGCUGGGAAAUAAAUUGGGAAUUAAGUCGGGAAUGGAGCUGGGAAGUGAGCAGGGAAGCGAACCAGGAAGCAAACUGGGAAGUGAGUCGAGAAUGGAGCUGGGAGGCAAGGCAGGAAUCGAGCUGGGAAAUAAGCCAGGAAUUCUGCUGGGAAGCGAGCUGGGCUCCCACGACCCCGGGGCCGAGGCCGGGGCCUGGCGCAGCCCCGCAGGGAGGGACAGGGACGCACCUGCCCCGAGCUCCGGGCGUUCCUCGGGGGUUUGCCAUGCCCGGACAGAGGGGGAUGGAUGUGCCCAGAGCACGGAGCAGGAUCCGGCUGGAGCCGGGAGGAGCAGCGAGGGCAGCGCGGGCACAGUCCGGACCCUCAGCGUCACCUCCAGCCUGGGGCUGCUGCUGACGGCGAGCGAGGAGGGCUCGGACACCUCCUACUGCUUCUCCUCGGUGGCCAAGAUCCAGGUGGAGGAGAACCUCGUCCCGGAGCGCGGGGACAAGGAUAGGGACAGCUCGCCCGGGCCUGGCCUGCGGGGCAAAGUCUACGACUACUUCGUGCAGUCCAUCUCCGAGACGGUGUCCAGGAGGACGUCCCUGCCCUUCGUCCCCACGGGGACAUCCCAGAGCCGCGGAGAGCGCGGCCAGGCAGAGCCGCAGAGCUCCGGAACGCAGGGGGAGAAUCCAGCUUUGGGAAUUCCUGGUCCCGACACCUCCACAGCUGCACAGGAGAGCAUGGAGAGCCCUCCCGAGACACCUUCCCCCGGCCGGAACGACAGCACCCUCGGGAUGGCCGGUGAGGUUCCAGCUGCGGGUCCUGAGCCGUCCCAAGGGUCUCCACCCGCCCAGGUGCACCUGGGGAACUGCUCCGAGGUUCUGCGUUCGGCCAAGGCGUGGCAGCUGCGGGGGCUGCAGGACGAAGCUCUCCAGGUGAUGAGCCAGCACCUCCUGCAGGUGCUGCGCUCCCCCCACAUCUACGGCCGCCUCAACGCCGGCGAGCGGGAGCUGCUCCUGGCGCUGCGGAGCCGGGGGAGGCCGCGCCUGGUGGUGGCCGAUGUCCCCCCGGCCGAGCCCGGCCACCGCCGCGGCCGCCUCUGCUACUACGACGAGGACGAGGACCGCUGGUGCCAGCUGUGCCAGCUGCCGGCCGAGGUGGCCGGGCGGGGCUGCGCCGUGUGCCCCAUGUUCAAUUACCUGUUCGUGGUGCCCGGCGGGGAGGGCGGGGGUCGGGAGCGGAGCCCCUCCCGCCGCGUGCUCUGCUACGACCCCCUGGGCGACAGCUGGCGCGACAUCUGUCCCCUGAGCCAGGCGCGGCCGCACUGCCAGCUGGUGGCCCUGGACGGCCACCUGUACGCCAUCGGGGGCGAGUGCUUGGCCACCGUGGAGCGCUACGACCCGCGGCGGGACCGCUGGGCCUUCGCCGCCGCCCUGCCCAGGGACACCUUCGCCGUGGCCCACGCGGCCACCGCGUGCGACGGGGACAUCUACGUCACCGGGGGCACCCUGCGCUCGCUGCUGCUGCGCUACGACGCCCGCAGGGACAGCUGGGCCACCAGCCCGGCCAUCGGCGACAAGGACAGGACGGCCGAGCUGCUGAGCGCCCAUGGCUUCCUGUACCGCUUUCAGCUGCGGCGCGGCGCUGGUGGCAGCGAUGUGGCCGUGUCGCGGUGCAGCGCCAGCGCCAGGCUGUGGUACCGCUGUGCCAGCCACCCCCUGCCCGAGCCGGCCGGGCUGCGCUGCGCCGCCCUGGGCAGCCUCGUCCACUGCCUCGGCCGCGAUUUCCAUCUGCGCUUCCUGGCCGACCCCGUCUCGCCGCGCUUUGGGGCCAAGGAGCUGCGGCCCUUCCCGGCGCCCCACGGGAGCCUCCUGCCCGCAGUUCUGGUGCUGCCCGAAGGGGACACGGAGCCACCGCCGCUCUGA